AAUAGAACCACACGCGAAUCUCGAUCUUCACCCUAUGCCCUAAACCCUCGCCUACAUCCUCCCCCUCCCAGUUUCGUCCAAAACCAUCGACUCCAUGAUCGAACCUUUGCGAUACACUCGCCAUCAGAGCUAGCUGCCGGGAUCGUGGCUUAUUAAAAAUACUGCGUAAAUCCUACUUAAAAACGGCUGCGAAACAGCCCCUUAAAGUUGAUCUUGAUUCUGACCUUUCGAUCCAAAUUCAGAUCGUGUACCAGACAGAUCAUCGGCUAUACACAGCAUGGGGGGUUCUAAAGUUCAAGUGAACAAGGCUCAUAAAAGCCGCUUCGCCUCCAAGUCCUCACGGAAGGCGCACAAGGUUCCUCUCGCUGUUAAAAGCAGAAUUGGUAAAGCCGAGAAGAAGUCUAUGAAAUGCGUGAUCAGAAGCGGGCUACUUUAUUGAAAGAGAAGAGGGCCUCAGGUGGACCGUCUAGCGCUCCACGUAUUAUUGUUCUCUGUGGACUUUCCUCAUCUCUGAAUCUGAAUAUGCUUGCAAAGGAACUUUUUAUAUUAUUGUCUGGUGAAGAAUCAGAGGUCAUUUCAGCAACAGUGGCUUCUCAAACUUAUAAACUUAGAACCACGGUUCUGGUUGCUCCGUAUGGUGACUUGGUAUCAUGCAUGGAGAUGGCAAAGGUUGCUGAUUUAAUUGCUUUUGUGGUAUCAGCCAACUCCUUUGAAGAUGGCUGUGAAACUAGCCCCAUUGAUUCGUUUGGAAUUCAGUGCCUUUCUGUUUUCCGAGCCAUUGGCUUACCCAGUACAACUGUCCUAAUUCGGGAUCUUCCUGGUAGUACGAGAGAGAAACAGGAUGCGAAGAAGAUUGCUAUUUCAUGUCUUGGUUCUGAGUUGCCUGAGGAUUGUCGUUUUUAUCCAGCAGAUACGAAGGAAGAAUUGCAUAAGUUCUUGUGGCUUUUCAAGGAGCAACACCUUUCUGUGCCACAUUGGCGAAGUCAACGGCCUUACCUUAUGUCACAAGAGGUUGGUCUGGAGCUUGAAAAUAACAAGCCUGGUAAAUGUACCUUACUUCUGUCUGGCUAUGUUCGAGCUCAGAGUCUUUCAGUGAACCAGCUUGUUCAUGUUUCAGGUGCUGGGGAUUUUCAGUUUGAUAAGAUAGAUGUUCUCAAGGAUCCGGUUCCUUUGAACGAAAGAAAAGGUUCUAAUUUGAUGGACUCGGAUAAUUCAAAUUGCAUAGAGGUUGUUCUCACAUUAAAGCCUGAUGCCUUAAAGCAAGAACCGCUGGUUGUUGAGAAUAUACCAGACCCUCUUGCUGGGGAACAGACUUGGCCUACGGAAGCAGAUAUGGCGGAAGCUGAUGAAAACAAUGAAAGACGAAAAUUACGAAGGAAGAAGCUUCCCCCAGGAACAUCAGAUUAUCAGGCUGCGUGGAUAGUUGAAGAUUCCGAUGAUGAUGUUUCUGAAGGUAGUGUUGAGGAAGGUGAUGGUAUGGUUUUGGAUGGACAAAAAUAUAAUUUUGCACAAGUAGGAUCUAAUCAAUCAGACAGUGAAAUUGCACAUAAUAUGGAAAACUUUGAUGAAGAAACUGAGGCAGACACUGAAAUGGCUGAUGAUGCAAAUUUGACAAGUGAACAGAUAGAGGCCGAGAUAAAGAAACUUAAAGAUGCAUGUGGUUUGGAUGAAGAGUUUCCAGAUGAAGUGGAUACUCCAAUAGAUGUCCCAGCUAAAAAGCGUUUUGCAAAGUAUAGAGGUCUGAAGUCCUUUAGGACCUCUUCAUGGGAUCCUCAAGAAUCCUUACCUCCAGAGUAUGCAAAAAUAUUUAAUUUUGAUAAUUUUACUAAAACCCAAAAUCAUGUCCUUGCUAAAGUUCUAAAUGAAGAGCAUGUGCGUGGUUCCCUACAAGUUGGUUCAUAUGUGAGACUUCAUGUGAAAGAUGUGCCUGUUGAUUUAGCAUCUAAAGUGUAUCACUUGUCCCAAAGCUUUCCAGUUGUAGCUUGUGGCCUUCUACAGCACGAGUCUAAAAUGUCGGUUCUUCACUUCAGCAUUAAAAAACAUGAUUCCUAUGAUGACCCCAUCAAAUCAAAGGAAAUCUUCACUUUCCAUGUUGGAUUUCGCCACUUUAUUGCCAGACCAAUAUUUUCUUCUGAUAAUAUCAAUUCAGAUAAGCACAAGAUGGAGAGAUUUUUGCUCCCAGGUCGGUUUUCUAUUGCCUCCAUUUAUGCACCCAUCUGUUUUCCUCCCAUGCCGUUGGUUGUCCUGAAGAACAAGCAUGGAGAUUCACCGGCUGUUGCCGCUGUGGGUUCAUUGAGAAGUGUAGAUCCUUACAGGAUAAUACUAAAGAAAAUUAUUUUAACUGGUUAUCCCCUAAGGGUUUCGAAGAAGAAAGCUACUGUGCGAUAUAUGUUUCACAACCCUGACGAUGUUAGAUGGUUCAAGCCAGUGGAGCUGUACACUAAAUGCGGUCGCCGAGGAUUAAUAAAAGAUUCUGUUGGAACUCAUGGUGCCAUGAAAUGUCUGUUCAAUGGUGUGAUUCAGCAGCAUGAUACUGUAUGCAUGAGCUUGUACAAGCGUGCAUACCCAAAAUGGCCCGAGCAGCUCUUUCCCCUGGCAAAGCGGAGGAGAAAAGAGAUUAUUGCUGAUUGGCAGGAUUUCGUUUAA